AUGGUGCAAUCUCCUCCACAACCCACCUCAGCUCUGUCGGUGGUGUUUUUUCCAACAAAGUCUCGGUUGCUGCUUGACUCCGAACUAUGGGGUAUCUACACCGGCCUCCGCCUUGCUUGGAACCUGGGAUUUAGGAACGCUCUCGUUCAGGCUGAGUGUUUGGAAGCUAUUGAAGACCCUCAUUCAAUUGAGCAUCUUCCCUCACUGGCUCAAGCUAUCGCACAUCUCCGACAACGUUGUUGGGAGACGGCUUGUCGAUGGAUUCCGCAAGAAGCCAACAAGAUUGCUGACAGCCUUGCAAAGUCAUUCUCCUUGGGUUUAUUUGAAGUCGCCUUGCUAGAAUCUGCCCCACCUUCACUUGAGAGGCUGCUGCCCUGUGAUAUAGAAGGCUCAUCGUAUAUCCGAACUUAA